UCUGUCGGUUGUGGUCCUGGAGAUAUAACAAAGGAAAUUCUAUUACCGGCUAUUGGCUCAAAUGCACAAUUAAUUGGUACGGAUAUUUCGGAGAGCAUGAUCAAAUAUGCGAAUGAAACAUUCAGUGAUAAACGGUUGCAAUACGAGGUAUUGGAUAUUGGAACCAAAAAUUUGCCUAAGAAAUAUAUUUCUGAAUUUGAACAUGUUAGAAUGGUAGAUCUAUGUAUGCCAUAAUUAUGCUUGGUUCGCCAAGGAUGGGUUUAUUAACGCUACUGUUAUAGGGCGAGAU